AUGGACUGCAGAGCCCCCUCGGCAUGGUCCUUCCCUGGCUCCUUGGCCUCCUGCAACGCAGCCCGACUCGUUCGACUCCAGGAGAUCUAUGUGCAGGUCCUGGAAGACAAACAGAGGGAGAGGGAGGUCUGUGGGGCGCUGCUGCUGCUGACAACAUUGCAGCAGGAGGAGGAGGCUUCUCAAGUAGCCGCCUCCUCUAGCAGCAGCAGGAGGAGCUUCUCAACCGCCUCCUCUACACCAGCAGCAGCAGGAGGAGGAGAGGCUUCUCAAGUAGCCGCCUCCUCUACACCAGCAGCAGCAGGAGGAGGAGAGGCUUCUCAAGUAGCCGCCUCCUCUACACCAGCAGCAGCAGCUUCUCAAAAAUCGAAAGCACAGGCAAGUCAAAUUCCCACACGACCCAGCUCGGGUCCCACAGCCAGUUGCCCCCACUGGUCCCCCCCACAGCCAGUUGCCCCACUGGUCCCCCCCCACAGCCAGUUGCCCCCACUGGCCCCCACAGCAGGUUCCCCGCGGAUAGAUGACAUGGCACAAUUCCCAGCCCUUCAGCGAUCAUCAAAGCAUGUAAAAUCCGACACUCCAACAGACAGACAGUCUCGGUAG